AUGUUGUCCAACUCUUCAAGGCAGUGUUCCUUCGCGCUACGAAAUUUGUGGCUAGUUAAUAAGGCUAAGAUAUGUACCACAACUCCCCGAUAUAUAGAUCACUACAAUGUCCUGGGAAUAUCACGCAGAGCAACGCAGAGUGAAAUUAAAGCAGCUUACUAUCGACUCUCGAUGUUGUAUCAUCCGGAUAAGAACCAAGGCAGUGAUACUGCCGCAUUAAAAUUUAGAGAAAUAACACAGGCCUAUGAAGUGUUGGGCAACUACAAAUUACGCAGGCUAUACGACAAAGGUGUUAUACAUACAACCGCCGAACGACCCGAUGAAACUAUGAAAGGCGCAGAACCGGAAGAAGAGGAUGACCCAUCAACAAAAUUCUACAAAUCGCGUUUUAAAAAGUCCACCGUCGGUGACAGUGAAGGCCGUUCGCCAAUUUACGAUCUGGAUGAAUGGACGCGAAUACAAUACGCCAAUACAUUUCAGCGACGCCAGACGGCAAAGGAAAAAUAUCAUCGUACCAAAAAACAUGAAAAGGAUAGUGCUCUAAUGACGCAAAAUGAAAUAUUAUUGUUUGUAAUUAUGGUUGUAACGUCAUUGGCAUUCCUUAGAUAUUCCACGGAUGCCCCAUUUUUCUCAUCAAGGGCACCGCCGACUCAACGAAAGGAAACCGUAAAGGAUGGUACGAACGACAAAUAG